CUAAAAUACUCAGUUACGGGAUAUUAUUAUUUGGAGUCAGAUAUUGAGGACAUUAUCCACAACAUAUUGGUGAACCGCUUUUAGAACACACACCAUUCCUCUACGAAUUCUGCUGCAUACUCUCCAAGCGUAUCUUAAAGAACUUCACAUUGGAAUUACUAUUACAAUUAUUAACAAUUCAUUAACAGUCAUAAUAAAUCCAUCCAUAACAUUGUUCCUUUGGAAUUAUUGCUGUAUAUUCGCAUAUUUAAACCAAAAGUGACAGUUUUUCUUUUCGGUGAGUCUUAUAUAUAUUUCUUGUUGUUAUUUUUGAUUUCUCUUCAUAUUGUAUAUUACAAUCCUCGGCUUAUUAUUACUAUUGCUUCUUCGUAUCAUGGCACUUGAUAAUUCGCUAAGCCUUUCAUCUAAAUCUAUUUCCGUGGGUGCCAUCUCUGUACCUUUACCUACUUUUAAUCCACGAAAGGCUGAACUCUGGUUCGCUCGUUUAGAAAGCUUUUUUGUAGCAAACAAAAUCACAAACCAGAGUACGAAAUUUAGUUAUGCAAAUUCACUGCUGCCAGAUGACGUCAUUGAACAAGUGCCGGAUGUCAUUUUUAAGCCGGAUCCUGACUCACCAUUCGAUUGUCUAAAAAGAGAGGUCAUUCGUGUCACAUCUCUCACUGACCAACAGACAAUCGAUCAACUUUUAGCCAACGUCGAGCUAGGUGACAAUACACCGUCACAGUUAAAACGCCACAUGACAAACUUAUUAGGAAGUCGUACAGUAGACAAACGUCUACUAUAUCAAUUGUGGCUCAGACGUCUUCCUCAAAACAUUCAACAGAUACUAGCAAUUGGAGACGAAGACGUUGAUUUUGAUAGGCUAGCAGACAUAGCCGACAGAAUUUACGAACGGUCCAAGACUCACCUUGUAUCUCAAAUCCAAUCAAGUUCAGCUGACGAGAUCGCCGAGUUACGACGAUCAGUUGAUAUCCUUACGAAACAGAUAGCUCACAUCCAAUUAUUGAAUGCCUCCCACAGCAAGCGUAGAGGAACAUCCACAAGCCGUAGACGACGUAGUCCAAGCACUACUAGACACAACAUUUGCUGGUACCAUAGAACAUAUGGCAAACAAGCUAGAAAAUGUAUUCCGCCUUGUAACUUUGCAAGCACACAGAAAAAGGGACGUCAAGACCGCAGGUUAAUGACGACUGCACUCACUGACCACAACUUUCAAGACAGUCGUCUAUUAUAUGUUACAGACAAAAGAACCGGCACACAGUUUUUAGUCGACACUGGGGCAGAGGUUAGUGUAGUACCACCUACUGCACUCGAGAAAAACACACCUGACCCCAAACUAAAAUUACAAGCUGCAAACAGGUCUGACAUCAAGACGUACGGCAAAAGGCGGUUGCAAUUAAAUUUCGGUCCUAAAUCUAAUUUUUCCUGGAGUUUCAUCAUAGCGGACGUCCUCGUUCCUAUAAUCGGCAUUGAUUUUCUGCAAUUCCACAAAAUACUGGUAGACGUCAGAAAUAGGAAACUUGUCCUUGCCGAACAGUGUAAAGAAAUUAGAGGAAUUAUAUCAAAUGAGACUUCCAUACAUUUAUUAGUUAAACCUCAUCAUGAGAACGACAAAUACGUCAAUUUACUUAAUCAGUUUCCAGAUUUAUUACGACCGAGUUUCAAACACGACAAACCGACGCAUACCGUCGUACACCACAUAAAGACAGAGGGUCCACCAGUGUUCGCACGUCCAAGACGCCUUGAUCCCUCUCGUCUGGCUAUCGCAAAGAACGAAUUCAACAAAAUGAUUGAGUUGGGCAUCAUACGCCCCUCCGAUAGUCCGUGGGCAUCACCGCUUCAUAUGGUACCUAAGAAAAACUCUUCCGAA